AUGGAGGCCAGUCGUAGCAGUUCGACGGACUCCGAGAAGGAGCAGCUGUCGAUCUGCGAGGACCACGCGAGCCCCGACGGCUGCGACCGGGACCGAUGCCAGGGCCUGCACAUCUGCCCGAGAUUCCUCGCGGGCCUCUGCGCGGAUCCCGAGUGCGACGAUGGCCACGAGGUCGAAACGGCACACAACCGGCGCCUGCUGCGAACGUGGAACCUGGAAGACGUCGAACCCCGGGACCUGAUAAAAUUCCUCAAACCAGACGCCGUGGCCCCCUACCUCUGCGAAGAAUACAACCUCGGCACCCGCUGCAACGCCGACGAAUGCAACCAGAUGCACCUUUGCGCCGGUGACGUCAUGGGAACGUGCGGCGGGUGCGAGCUCAACCACGACGUCAUGGACCCUCAGUGCCGAAAACUACUCGUCCGAGCAAGCGCCAAAUUAAACCGAAGAAAACAAGAGUGGAAGACAUUCUUUCUCGCCAGAUGCGGCUUCAACAUCCAAGACAUCUUGCGACAAAAAACUGAACUGGAAGAAGCACUGCGAAUAUCCCUCGGGGAGCCAGGCAUCCGCUCCUCAGCCACCCCCAAGCCACCAGACCCCAUCCACCAAGGAGAAACAAUUCCUCGGGAAACGGCGAAUCCCGACGCGGGCGACGACGACCUGGCGACCCAGCUGUGUGAGAUCCAGGAAAAGCUGCGGAUCCUCCGCGAGAGCAUCGGAUUCGGCUCGACGCAAGGCCAGCUCGGCCUCUGCGACAGCUUCAUCGAGGAAGCCUUGCAGCUCUUGCACGGCGACCGAACUCUCGACAGAUGGCUAUUAAAUUCCCCCUUUCACCCGGGUCGCAUCGCGUCGUGGCUGGCGGAAAAAGAAGACGAGGCGAGGAACUUCGACGAACUCUUGGAUAAAUUCACUCGUUCCGGAGUGGAAAUUGAGGACGCCUCCAUCGCAUUUCACCUCAGCGAAACGAGGCCGACGGCAUGCUUCUUUUAUAAAGGUCUCGACGACGUCGAUCCCUACCUCGACGGCCUCAACUAUUUCUUGAACGGACACGAACCGGAUCUUCCCCUGGAGACUUCUCCCUCGGUCUAUCGUAACCACGACGAAGUCCUCCAAUUGUUCGACUACCAGCGCAUAUUCCUUCAUUACGCAAGGGAACAGGGAAACCCGUUCAUUUUCAUCGCCGCAGAAGCCGCCGGAUUCGACGGUCCCUGCCUCAUCAGGCUCAGCCGAGGAAUCGACGGGAUGUCCCUGUUCGUCCCUCCGGGGGAACCCAGGGACCUCCGCGUCUCGGCCGACGGCGCGGACGUAGAAGUUCGCUGGACCGCCCCGGACGUCGGCGCCGAGUGCGUCCGACAGUUCGACGUCUUUUUCCGAGAUCAGGGCGAUCCGCAGGGUCGCUGGAAAUGCGCCUCCGCCGAGGCGACGGUCGCGAGAAUUCCUGGGCUGGUUCCAGGGCAGAAAUACUUCUUCAAGGUAGCUGCAUCCAGUGACCUCGGUAUUGGGCCACCUAGUCCGACUGUCAGCUGGGAUUUCCGAACCGUUCGGGAUGAGAACCAGACCAGUUCCACCCGGUACCGCGGGAGCCGCUCCCAUCCAUCGCCGGCUCAGGAGGCGAACGAGAAUCCCAAGCCGUCUCAUUGGAUCCGCGAACUUCCAAAGAGGAAAGUGAAGGAAGACGCCGCCCAUCGACUCGCGAAGUACGAAGUCGGCAGGCGGAGACCCAACAGCGGACCGACGAAGGUGCUCAUGGUCGUCGGGGCCACAGGCGCAGGUCUCAUGAGUGCCCCACCACUAUACCAACUCAGUGGCUCAAGUCCGUUCAAAGUGGUAGCGCAUUAG